CUGGAGUCUGGAACUGAAUAUUCCUCGAUGGUAUACGCAAUGUAAUAUACAAUUCUGCUGUUCUUUCCUACAUCCCUGGCUGUUUUUCCCUAAGGUCAACGAGAAGCUGGGUAUUUUAUUCGGAUCACGUUUAUAACCCUAGGUUCUUUAUAUGUUUUCAUUGUGGAAGAUGGGCUCAUUAGUGGCUUGCGGUUUAUUGGUUUCCGUUGCCUUUACGCUUGUGAUCGGUUGCUUUUCCAUCUUUCUAAUCUACCGUCGGAGAAAGUAUUCUCACAUACCUGGCCCGCCUAUCAAGAGCUUCUUCAAGGGUCAUGCGUUUGAAGUGCAGAAAAAUUUAGCAAAAGGAGAACACACUACCCAUCAUUUGAUUCUUGAAUGUAUCUUCCAGGCACAAGAUGUAUGGAAAAGUCAUCUGUGUUUGGUUCUACCAUGAACCUCUCAUCAGUGUGUGUGACCCUGACUUAGUCAAGUAUUUGAUGGUAACAAAGAAUGCUCCAAAACCUAUUAAUGGCUACAAGCCUCUAAGUGAAGUUUUUGGUAAAAGGUGCUUGGGUCAAGGGCUUGCCACAGAAUGUGAUGAAAAGCGAUGGAGCCUUGACAGAAAAACAUUCAACCCAGUUUUCCAUAGACAGUGUCUCAAGGACAUGAUGUCAGCCUUCAAUAGAAGUACUGAUCUUUUCAUAAACAAGCUUCUCAAGAUUUCUGAUGGCCAACAGGAAAUCAUGAUGGUCCCAGAAUUCUCAAAGAUAGCCCUUGAUGUCAUUUGCAAGGUAGCUUUUGGUAUGGAUGUGGAUCUUGUCAAUGACACCACCAACCAACUUCCUGAUGCUGUCAUAAAUAUGAUGCAGGGUGUUGAGAAGUCUAUCUACAAACCAUUUGAAUGGUUAAAUCCCUUUGCUUGGCAAUCUAUCAAGAAUGCCCACAGAGGUAUUGAUUUUGUGAGGGAAACAGGAAAAAAGGUUAUUGAGGUCCGCAUGCUAGCUAUGAACCAUGGCGAGCAAGUCCCCAAUGAUAUUUUGCAGAACAUCAUCGCAUUGCAAGAAAAAGCGGGUCCAACAGACUUUGAAAGGAUGCUUGAUCAUUUUGUCACUUUCUUCAUCGCUGGACACGAGACUACUGCUAGUCAGAUGGCCUUCUGCUUGCUUGAGAUCGCUGACAAUGAGGAGAUCAGAGAAACUCUCGUGGACGAGAUAUCAAGGGUCCUCGGUGACAGAAAAUAUGUGGAAUUUGAUGACUUGGCGAAGAUGCACAAGCUGGGAAACGCGUUGAAGGAAACUUUACGGCUUUAUCCGAGUGCUCCUGGGUUUGUAAGAGAAGUCGGUGAAGAUGAUGUGCUAGCAGGAAUACCAAUCCCUAGUCAUACUUCUGUACUGGUGAGUAGCUAUGUGUCCGGGAGAUUUCCAGAGUUCUGGGUGAACGCCGAGGACUUUAACCCAAUGAGGUUCGAGGAUGACGAGCAGGUCGCAAGGUCUCACUUCACCAUGUUCCCGUUCUCUCUUGGCCCGCGCAGUUGUAUUGGACAGCACUUUGCUAAGAUCGAGGCUAAAGUGGUCCUGGCCAGGUUUCUGCAGACUUUUAAGGUGAAGCUUGCGCCAGGUCAGACCAAGACUAUUGCCGAGAAUAUGACGUACAAACCGAGAGACGGGGUCGUCUGCAGGCUAACGCGAAGAACAUAGAUUUCUGUAGAUAUUUCUGUCUCAUUCGUAAAAGCUGCGUCGACGUGGCUUCGGUUUUUAGACUAAUGUAAAAAAUUUUUCUAAAGCCUUGUGAAACAGCGCUAGUAUUGCCGAUAAAAAAUCCCGGUCAAGCAAUGCUCAUGGAGUAUUUACUGCGCAAACAAUUCAUUUGUCUUGUUGCAAGCCGAGCAAUGCUGGCGCUUGUUGCACGGGGGUUAAAAGCCACCAAAAGGUAUUGAGAUCUCUUUUAGUACAAGAAUAUCGCCUAAUAUUGAAAACAACAGUGAUUACCUUAAAGGAGGUAGGAGGUGAAUAAGAUAAUUUUUUAAUUGUAAUGUACUUGACAAACUCGUGAAAUGCUAAAGAUCCGUUCUGGGUACCAUGGCCCCGGAGGCUCGCACGUCUCUCGGUUACCCAUAAGCCAGUGCGUCCUUGACUUAGCUACAUUCGAGGCUCUGGAAUCAGGCUUAGAUUAGGAAGGAAAAUACCCCUGGGUUACCGAAGAUGGUGAAAUACACGAUAGUCUACCAGAAAUCAUGAAAAUGAGCCAGGAUACUAUUAUUUGCUCUUAGGGUAGGCUAGGAGAAGUUUCUCUCAGAGAAUGUAAUGAGCGUAUAAUUAUCCGUAGGGGAGUGAUGUAUUAAUUUAUCUUACACGUCCAGUGUUUGUCAUAAAUACCACGAUAAUAGUACACCAUAAUAGUAUGACGGAAGUAUAGAUGUAUUUCGACUAUUAAUAAAUAAUUGAAGCUAUAAUUUGAAAUAAAAUAAUUCAACGUGUA